ACCCCAAGAUGUCUUCGGACGAGGGCAGCUCUGGCUCAGAGAUUGAAGAUGUAUCAACGACAGGUCUCAUCGCCACGCGCACAAAGCGAGCCACAGCAGGAAAUCUGUAUGCAACUCUUCGGCAUAAUCUCGACGACGAGGAAUUGCAGAAGGAAUUACUGGCCGAAGAUGAGGACGACGUCGGCGACUACGAAGGCUCCGAUAAAGACGAUGACGAUGCCAUGAGCUCGUCUGGCGAUGAGGAUGAUCAGGGACCAGCAGCAGAAGGCGACAAGGAGGAUUUGGAAGGAGAGAAGGAGCUGAAGAAGGCAGAGCGAGCACAGAACAAAAAGAAGCGCAAGCUGGAAGAGGCCAAGAAGCGCAUACCAAACUGGCAAAAGAAGCGCGUCAAGCUGGCCGACGAUGCAAAGGCGGAAGAUGGCCAGCCUGCGAAGCCAAAGAAGAAGAGUGAGCGGUCCAACUGGCUGCCGACUGCUGCUGAUGCACCGACACGGCAGUCUUCGCGUACCUCAGCUGUGGCGAAUCGGGAGAUGGUGCAUACGAAUCUGAAGGAGUCUAACGAGCGGAGCGAAAAGCAGAAGACGGUCAUGAGCAAGCACAAGGAGAGGCUGAAGGCCAGCCAGCGAGCACCCAUAUCGCAGGAGGAGAGAUUUGCUAAGGCAGCGAGGAUCGAGAAAGAGACUGCGAGAGAAUUUGGAAGAUGGGAGAGAGAAGAAGCAGAGCGACAGCGGAUUCGCGAGGAGCAGCUGGCAGCAAAGAGGAAGAGAGGCAUCGAUGGGCCGGUGAUCAGACACUGGAGUGGCAGCGUGCUAUGGGAAGGCGAUAAGAUUAAGAAUAAGCGAUUACGUGCCAGUCAAAAUGUUGACGACAUUGAGGACAAGCCGAAGGAGACAGAAAGCAGUGCGGAUGCCGCAGAUGGGGAUAAUUGUGCUUUCACGCCCUUUCCUGCAAAAUUCAGAGAUCCCAAGACUGGCUUGCCCUAUGCUGAUAUGCUGCAAUUCAAGAAUAUACAACGUAUCUUGAAUGAUGGGUGUCAGUGGUCGAGUCUGUUGGGAUGUUGGGCUGGACCUCGGUAUGGUAGUAUUGGCAGGUCGGCAGUCGGCGUACCUGAUGGUUUCUGUCGGCCGAUAGAGGAAGAGCACGAGGUAAGAGCUACGGGACAGGAUGUGAUGAAGGUGGAGAAUACUGGAUGAAGAGUUAUGAUUUGUAUGACUUGUAAUGAUUAAUGAGUUGGACGCGCGACAGGGGUGAGGUAAACGAUCCAUCGUCCACACGCU